UCAGAAGAUAAGGGUCAAACAUGUACAAGACGGUGCUCAGGGUCCCACAGACCGUCAAACAAACUUUGCAGCAAAGGUUUCUCGCCUCGCAGAUCCCUGAGCCACACAGGACGCCGAAACUACCAUGCACUAAGCUUUUUAUAAAUAACGAAUGGGUUGAAUCUAAGUCAGGGAAGACCUUCGACACUGUAAACCCUGCUACCGGGGAAGUAAUAACCCAGCUGCAGAGAGGAUCUAAGGAAGAUGUUGACGUCGCGGUCGAAGCGGCGAAAGAGGCUUUCAAACUGGGAUCACCCUGGCGGAAAUUGGACGCUGCGAAAAGAGGAAAACUCAUCUAUAAACUAGCCGAACUUCUAGAAAGGGACUCUGUUUUACUUUCUAGCCUGGAAGCGCUCGAAUGCGGAAAAGUUUACGUACCUACUCUGAAAGGAGAUCUGCCGUGGGCUGUGAGGAAUUUGAGGUAUUUCGCAGGAAUGGCUGAUAAAGGCAACGGGAUCACUGCACAAAUUGACGGCAACUUCAUGGCUUACACUAGGCAGGAGCCUGUGGGCAUUUGCGGCCUCAUAACCGCCUGGAACUUUUCGCUGCUCAUGAUUACCUGGAAAUUGGCACCGGCCAUCGCGGCAGGAUGCACGAUGGUCUUGAAGCCGUCACAGCAUACUUGUUUGGCAGCCCUGCAUCUCGGUGAGCUGGUUAAAGAAGCAGGUAUACCUCCUGGGGUAGUAAACAUCGUCCCUGGAUUCAGCGACGUAGGAAGUGCAAUCGCCGAACACCCUGAAAUCAAUAAAAUCUCUUUCACCGGCUCGACACCUGUCGGUCAAAAAAUUUACGAAAAGGGCGCACUCAACAUGAAAAGACUGACGUUGGAACUCGGGGGAAAAUCUCCAAAUAUAAUCUUGAAAGGGGCAAACAUCGACGAAGCAGUCGAACACGCACACUAUGCUGCAUUCCACAACAUGGGUCAAUGCUGCUGCGCUGGGUCCAGGACGUUCGUGCACGAAUCAUUGUACGAUGAGUUCGUCGAAAAGAGCAAGGCAAGGAUCAAAGCGAGACGGAUCGGAAACCCUUUUGAUUUAGACGUCGACCACGGACCACAAGCGACACAAGAUCAAUUGGACGUCGUGAUGAAAUACAUCGAAAUAGGCAAAAAAGAAGGUGGACACGUCGAAGUUGGUGGAAACCGAAUCGACCGGCCGGGAUUUUACGUCGAGCCUACUUUAUUCACAAACGUUAAGGAUGAAAUGACCAUUAGCAGAGAAGAGAUUUUUGGACCUGUGCAGCAGGUAACGUCGUUCAAGACUGUCGACGAGGUCAUCGAAAGGGCGAACAACUCAGAGUUUGGACUGGCUUCCUCCAUCUUCGGAACCAACGUCGACGAGAUCAACACCAUUGUACAAGGUCUCAGAGCUGGAUCUGUUUGGGUGAACUGUUAUUUUAUAAUAACACCACAGACGCCCUUCGGAGGUUUUAAGAUGUCGGGGCUCGGCCGAGAGGGUGGCCCGCAGGGUUUGCAAGCUUUCCAAGAAACAAAAUCAGUUUUCCUGAAGACACCUACGAAGAACAGCUAAUGUUUCGCACAAAAAAAUCAUCAGAAUAAAUAAAUAAAUGAAA